CAUGACACAUUCGAGGCUCUUUUUUUUUGGAAAAGGUGAAGCUACAGCCUAUGUAAGUUCAAUAGGGCGCUGUUGACGAGCUCCUCGAGGCUGCUGGAAUGCUUGGGACGCCUCCAUUUCACCGUCUUCUCUAAAACGUCGCAAGAACCUGGCGUCCUUUGCCACCAAGCUGUUCAGAAGCUCUACGCUAUAUCGCCGGAUACGAUUCAAGCUCCUAGAAGGUGCUGUGUGGGAUAGAAGCUCUGUGAAUUUUUCGCAAAGCCGUGAUUGUUGCGAUAGCACGCCUUGUUCAAAGUUCCGUCUGUCGAGCCAGGGGAUUAUGGCUGCUGCCAAACCGAUGGCUGCCUGCUGUUCCUUGUCCGUGGAUUCCAGCACCAUCUGGAUGAUGCGAGAUAUGGCUGCUCCAAGCUCCAACUUUUCUUCGUCGUUAAGGUCACCGCACAAGCUUUGCAAAAUUGUGGCUGCAUGGACUCCAACUGGCUUGCUUUUGUGCAUGAGGAGCCUCGAGCAAUUGUUGGGACACUGGAAAACGAGCACAAUUAUGGCUUCCCCGGCUCUCAUGGCGAUGGUCAACUGGUCGCUGUUCGGUGCGGUUUCUCUCGUAAAUAUGGCCAUCAAGCUUUGGAUAACUCCUCCAGUCGCACCAAUGCAAUCUCUAAGCUCGUCCUCGGUUGCUAGCAGCUUGAUCACGUCGACUGCCAGGUCUUGUAGCUCCAAAUCUUCGAGAUUGCAUAUCCUUUGAAGACUUCUUACUGCUGGCACUACCGACACCAUCUUCUUUCGCAGAGACCGUCCAGAAUCUCCUCGCACGCUAGCCAAUGUCUUCAAAAGAUCGAGUGAUUGACGGAAUACUUCUUUCGACGUUUCUUCGUCUUGGAUAAAUUCAACCAGGAUGGAGAUAAGUCCGCUGGUGUUACCGAUUCGCACGCAUAUCCUGUGGUCCACGGCUAGCCCGUUGAGGAUAGUGAGUCUGUAGCUCUUUUCUUCUAGCACUUCCUCCUC